CGAGAUUCCCGUGAAGGCACCAUGGCCCGUUGGAGACCACAUGCUUUACCUUUGUUGUCUGUUUCCAUAACUGGACAACAUGUUGCUACAAGGUGACUUCAGGGAAACAGGAGGAUAUUCCAGUUCUGUUGUUUCUCCGUUAUCUUCUUCUUCCACGGCAGUGGCCACGGUGUCUGGAAAAGUCGAGCUGCAGGCUACCGGACUCAAUCAACGACGUGUCCGAACUGUCCAGUUUCCAAACAUCGUGAUUGCCCGGAGAGGUGUGACACCAUCCAUGCAGAUUGAAGGCCUACAAGACAACUUCUCUGAUUGGCCCAGUCAGCUGUCAGUCAUGUGUGAAGAAGGCGGGGCCGGGGACAGGGGCUGACCUGGAGUCUGAUCCAGUCGCUUUUACGCACAGACCGGACAGUCCGCUUACCAACCACGGAUAACAAGAGUAAGAGUGUAUUCUGGAUAGACGGAGUGGAAGUAGACAGGAGGGGAAAUUAGGAAGAGGGAAGAAGAGGAAAAAAGUGACAGGAGAACAAGCAGAAAACGCGCAAGUGUAUUCUCAACUGGGAAGAAAGAGGAGAAGAAGAAGAAAGUGUGUAAGUGUGUGUGAAAGGGAGAGACAGAAGGAGAGAGUGUGUGUGUGUUCGCCUUCACCACUCUCCACUUCUUCAAACACCACCACCACCACCACCUACAUGUCGCUCCCCGGCUCCCCUCCGCUCCUCUCGCCGGGCUCGGGUGCCCCAACUCCGGCCGGGCUCUACCGCUCGGUCCCGGACGCGCUCCACACCUCCGUCGCCACCACCACCGGCACCUCCAGCCCGGGGCACACCAACUCCCACGUUCACUCCCACUCCUUGUCCCCUUCUCCGCGGCUCACCAGCAGCAUGCUCAGCGCUUUCCUGCCCGGACCAGGGGGCGCGCUGGCCGGACUGGGCAACGGCGGCGCCGCGCCGCUCGUGUCCGGUUGCGGUGCCGCUCUGGGUUCUCUCGGCGGGCUCGGCUCGCUGAACACGGCCGGCUUGACCCCCGGUUCCCCCGGCUUGGCGCAGGCUUCGUCCAGCCCGGGGCUGUGCAGCGAGUGCAAACUGGUGGAGGUGCAUGGCGUGAAGGUGGCCAGCUUCGGCGUGGACGGCCAGGAGCUCAUCUGCCUGCCGCAGGUGUUCGACCUCUUCCUGAAGCACCUGGUGGGCGGGCUGCACACCGUCUACACCAAGCUCAAGAGGCUGGACAUCGCGCCGGUGGUGUGCACCGUGGAGCAGGUGCGAGUCCUGCGGGGGCUCGGCGCAAUUCAGCCCGGCGUGAACCGCUGCAAGCUCAUCUCCAGGAAGGACUUCGAGAUUCUGUACCAGGACUGCACCAGCGCCAGCUCUCGUCCGGGCCGUCCUCCGAAGCGUUGUUCUGGUGCAGGGAUCCAGGAAAGCCCCAGGCUGCUCCACCCGGGCCUCCCCGGCCUGCUGUCCCCCAACCUGCUCUCACACACCGGCCUGACAGCAGCAGCCAUGGCCGAGCUCCAAAAGCUGCAGAAGAUGAAGAUGAUGAUGAGUCUCCAAAAUGGCAACGAGUCGGACGACGACUUACACUCCAACACAGGGAGUGAGUGUUCAUGGGAUAAGGAGCGUCUGACCAGCCCCCCUGCUGGAGCCCACACUGUCAAUCAACAGCAACUCCAGCAACAGCAACAGCUACUGGCUAACAGGUUGGACCUGCCCUUCAUGAUGAUGCCCCACCCUCUGCUGCCGAUGGGGCUGCCGCCUGCAUCUGUGGCCAUGGCGAUGUCACAGAUGAACCACCUCAACACUAUCGCCAACAUGGCCGCCGCAGCCCAGCAGAUACACACCCACGUACACCGGGCGCCUGUCAUCAAGGAGAGAGUGUGUGACAGUCCCUCUCUCUCUCCAUCUGUUGAUGAGAUCAACACUCCUCUGCAGUCGCAGCCCAGCAGCUCGGCCUCCAGCUCACCCGAAAGACUGGGAUUGGUGUCCGCUGAUGCAGAUGUUGCACUGCCCAACCCUGCUGCACCCAUCAAGAAAAUAACAAAGGACAAAGAAGAGUCUUCGCUGGGACAAGCCCUGCCCCCUGGCUUCCCUGCUCCGUUCCUAUUCGCUGACGGCCUGUCGUCCGUGGAGACCCUGCUCACCAACAUCCAGGGCCUGUUGAAGGUGGCGGUGGAGAACGCCCGGGUGCAGGACAAACAGAUCCAGGCGGAGAAAAGAGAGCUGAAGAUGGAGCUCUACAGGGAAAGAGAGAUGAGAGAAAGUCUCGAACGACAGCUCACCUCCGAACUACAGAGCAGGGCCUCCAUCCAGAAGCGCCUGAAGAAGGAGAAGAAGGCCAAGAGGAAGCUGCAGGAGGCGCUGGAGUUUGAGUCGAAGAGGAGGGAAAGGGUGGAGGACGCUCUGAAACACUCGUCCUCGUCCUCCCCGUCCCCUGAGCCGCUGCACACGGCAAACAACAACAAGAACGACGCUGCUGUAGCCGAGGAUAAACCUGAACUUAAUGGAAACCAGCAAGACAACGGCGCUGUACAAGAUUCCCGGUCAUUUCUGAAGACCCCUAUGAUGUUCUAGAAGGGACUCUGCCUUCAGAAACCCCCCCCCUCCCUCACCCCGUCCCUCUCACGCACAGAUAAACUCCACCAGCCCAGAUUCACCACGGCAACAUCCUCCCCCGGGAGGCGGGAUUCUACGUGCAAACUUUUGGAUGUUGCUUUGAAACGAUGAGACUACUAGGAGGGCGAAACACCCCCGAUUUGGACUCACCGGGGGUCGUCUCUCUCGCUCUCUACUUCUUUCUAGACAAACUUCACUUAAUUCAUUCCUCUUUUUCUCUCUCCCUGCACUGGGACUUCUCAUCCCUCAUUUGUUUUGAAAAAGAAAAAAUCAUUCCCGAGCAAAGGCAAGGAAGAAAAAGUCCCCCCCAAGCCAGACUGACAUCGACGCCCCUUUUACCAAAUCACUUUGGUUCGGACAUCGUGUGGGAAAAUAACACCAGGGAUCACAUUUGAUUGGAUUACUUUUCAAAUGGUCCAAUCACACGAUGUGUUCCACAGGAGUGUUUUCUAAUUGGUGCUGACCAGAAUGGGUUUGUAAAAAAAAAGAAAAUAAAUAAAAGGUUCAAAUCCAGAGGGGGUCUGGAUUUGAAGUACCUUCAGUCAACCUCAUUGGCUGGCUGGCUGGCUGUCAACACCUCUCUGAUUGGACGGUAAACAGCUAAUCGGCGGCGCUCAGGACUGGAGGAGGAGGGCUUUAGGAAAAAAAGUGUAAAAAAAUUAUCGCGAAGGGAUAAAAAAAAAAAAGAAGAAAACAACUUGGGAGGCUAUUUCUGUCUCUCUUGUUUUAUUCAUUUUUGUUUUCUGUACAGGGACUGAAAAGAAUGCAUGGGAAAACUUUUCUUAUGUUGUCAUUUGGCUUAUUUUAUCCUCCGUACACUCCUUACAUCCAACUCUCUCUUCUUCCCCUCUUAUACUCUUUCUAAGCUUCAUUCCUCUUUUUCUUUUCUAUAAAGUAGUUCCUCUCCCUCUUGUAUCUCUUGCUUCUUCCCAUUAUUUUCUCUGUUGGAUGCAGCUUUUCAGUGUAUGAAGUAUUUUCUAUCACCCUUAAUAACCUGUGAAAUCAGUUUCUCAAAUGAUGCAAAAGUAAUAAAAAAAAAAACUAAAAAUAAAAAAGACAACCUUUUUUUUAUAUUACAAUGGAGUGGUUUUUAAACACAAUAUUAUAUCCUAAAAAAAAAAAAAAAAAAAAAAAAAAAAAAAAAAAGGUAUGUUGAAUUCUCUUCCAUGAUUUUGGACCUUUUGGCCCCCGUUCCCUCGUGACCGGGGAGUACUGGUCCAGUUUCUGGAGUUUGUCAAAUUAAAGACAAGGAGCGCUUGAUUUGUCUGUUUUUAAACUGCCCUGGUGCAAACUUUAUCAUUUCGAUAUUCCUUUUGUUUUGAUUCGAGAACUUAUCCUUGAUGGUGCCCCCCCCCUUGAAGUAAAGAGGAGUACUUAAGGUGUGAAAUGAAGCGCUCCUCAUCUACAACAAAGGAAACUAGAUUUCCCUGAUUUUCUGACCUACUACGAGUGCAGACUGUUGUGUUGCAGUUUUGUUUAUUCCACUGUGUUUUAUUUGUUGAUUACUAUUUGAAAUGUGUUACGUGAGGGGUGAAGGGGCGGGUGGUGUCGGGGUGGGUCGGGAUUAGGGUUAAAAAGGGAUAUCCUGUGUAGAUAGAAACAAACAUUCAAAGUUUCCUUGUUUUAUUUCUAUUAUUUUGUUUCUCCUGAUGAUCUCUCAGUCUGUCACUGUUCUCUGGGUUUGAGCUGACUGCAAAUAUACAGUAUUAUAAUGAC